ACUAGCCGAAUAUAGCCCGCUGUAGUGGGCUGCUUGUCAAGAAUUUGAAUCCCCUCCUCUCCUAUCUCCUCAGAUCCCAUUUAGGAAAUAUUUGCUCUGUUGCGCGCUCGUUAAAACGGUGCAAACUUUAUUGUUGAUGUAUCCCGCAACCCGUAUUUUGAACCUUCCUUCUCCUGUCUUCUCUUCAUGCAGCUACUGCAAAGGAGUGUUGUUUAGAAAUAAAAAUCAUUACACAGGAAGUUCUAAAACCUUCACUUUAUCACCUCUGUGGCUGGUUUGAUAAAGAUAAGAAGCUUCAGUAAUCCAAUAAACACUUGAAUGCUGUAACACUAUCCACAGCAAUAACUGAGCUACGGUAGGUUUUGCCAGACAGAGAUUAAUGACACCAUCAAAUAGUUCCUCUCUCGGUUUUAGACGUAAUGCGCACAGGGCUGCACUGCGCCUACACGGAUCUACUAUCUCCAAUCCAAAUAAAUAUGUUCUCUUUAAGUAAGCAUGUUGUUGACGUUACCUCUAGAAUGUCCAUGAAAAAAAGCAAAGGGGUACUUUCUUUAAUCCCUUUUAUGUGCAACGGUAUCCCAGGAUAAGCGGCGCAUUGAUCCACUGUACAAUUUUUGUGGGGGUAAAUAGAAUCACGUGUCAGCGAGGCAGCCAAUAGCAGGCGAGGAAGCGUUGAGAAAUAAUUACCUGCCUUGAUUGUUCUAUGGCUAGAUAAAAAGUACACAUACACUCCAUAUAAUAAUCGGAUGCAUGUAAAAGAGUCGGGGUAGCUUCGAAAUGUCGACCACGGGUCCCAUAACUAAUUAUUAUGUGGACUCCUUGAUCAACCAUGAAAACGAGGAUGUCCUUGCUGCAACUCGCUUCUCGGCUCCCGGUUCGCACUCAGCCGGCCCUCGUCCUCCGUCUCUAGUACCGGAGUGCGCCGACUACCCUUCCUGCAGCUUCGCACCCAAGCCUCCCGUCUUCUCCACCUCCUGGGCCCCCGUCCACUCCCAGUCCUCAGUGGUUUACCAUCCAUACAGUCACCAACCUCACUUAGCCACAGACUCGAGGUAUAUGCGCUCAUGGCUGGAGCCGAUAUCAGGCGCGGUGCCUUUCCAUGGCUACCCGGGGAGCAGCAGGCACUAUGGGCUCAAGCCCGACGCCUUCCAGGAGCACAGAGCUGGAGAAUGUCUGAGCUCCAGCGGACGGACCUACACGGAUUAUCUGUACUGCUCCUCCACUGACAUGCGGGACAGGACGCCGCAGAAUGUCCCCUCUCCCGAGUCGGAGAUUCUGGCUUCAGAGAAACAUAAAGACGAGAAGCCGGAGCUAGAUCCGAAUAACCCAGUGGCAAAUUGGAUACACGCCCGCUCCACGAGGAAGAAGCGAUGCCCUUACACAAAGUACCAGACUCUGGAACUGGAAAAGGAGUUUUUGUUUAAUAUGUACCUAACGAGAGACCGCCGUUUCGAGGUCGCGAGGGUCCUGAAUCUGACGGAGAGGCAGGUCAAAAUCUGGUUUCAAAACCGACGAAUGAAGAUGAAGAAAAUGAACAAAGAAAAGAGCGACAGCAAAGAACAAUAAUGUGAACUGCAGCAGUGAGAAAACAACACUAAUAACCACUAGUCACAUGGACAGCACAGAUGUACCAAAACACUCCUCGUCUUCAUAUUUAUCACUUUGUUGGAUUUUUUUGUAUUAAUCUUCUAAUUCUGAGAUUGUUUGAUGCUGAUUUUGUUAUUUUCCAGUGCACAUGUGUUAAAGACAGAACAAAACUUCUAUUGAGAUAAUAACAUUCUACGUUCACAUGUUUUAUUUUUUUUUUUGUAAGAGAAAUUAUACAAGUUGCAGUUUGGACACGUUCAAACUGUCUAAGAGAAUACUUGAAUUCUUUUGAAUUUCACAAACCCAUAAUUUAUGAUGUGAAUGUUUUCUUUCAUGUUUAAUUUCCUUUGUACGUUGCCACGCAGGUGUAGUAUUUUGUACAGAAACAGAACAUCUGCGCUCGGACUCGUCUGUCUUGUAUUUUUUGUGAUAGUCGUUGCUGUAUUUGUGCAUUUCUUUCUUUUUUGAUUGUAGCGAGUUGAACUAUAGACUGUAGAUAUAAAUACAAACAUAAUCACUAA